UCUUAGAUUUCUUGAAUCUGUAAUUCAACAGCUAUUUCGCCCUGGAGAACAUCUGUUGUGGCAGAGAAAGUGCUGUGCUGUCCCAUCUGAAUCCCUCCAUCUGAAUCCCAUCUGCUCCAUCUGAAUCCCUGCACGCAGGCCAGUGCGCUGUUCGUCCAGUUUUAUUGAGCCAGAACAGAAGAGAAAACACUCGUCGUGAUAGUCGCAUUGUAUAAAGCCAGGUUAACUCUUUGUUCAGUAACAUUUGAUAAUUAAGGUUCAUGGCUCAUACCAAUGUCUCCCUAUGGUGCACGGAGAUUUUCCAUGCACCUCUUGGAUCAUAACAAAGUCCUGUUCGUGUACACAGAAUCACAGUACGUCGGUGCAAAAAUGUGGGUUUGACACCAGUCAUGUCUAAAUCCCAUGGGACAGCGGCAUUAACAAACAAGCGUAAUCCUCUUAGUUUCCCAAGAGGACCAUGGUCCUUCGGUGUCCCAGGCACGUCUUAAUCCAAUGGUAGAACAAGAUACCGUAGUUUGGCCACAGCAUGGAGGAGCUACUGAUAUCUGGGGGAGCCGAUAAUGUUCAUAUGGAACACCGGCUUUUCUCUCCGAUUGGCACAAGAAAAUACCUGCUGGAUAAUAUUAAGGAGUUUCUGGGUGACAUAUGUACUAUAAAAAUAAGCGAUCAUCUGAAACAGUAUGUGAAGCGCAACGGUCUGUUGACACUGUCUGUGCUGGGAGUGGUAACAGGAUGCGUCCUAGGCUAUAUGCUGAGGGGAACUGAGCUAUCUGCGCAGGCAAAAAUGUAUUUUUCUUUCCCUGGAGAACUCCUGAUGAGAAUGCUUAAAAUGCUCAUCCUGCCCCUAAUCACCUCGAGUUUGAUGUCUGGGCUGUCAUCAAUGGAAUCCAAGGCUUGUUGUCGUGUGGGUUUGCUAACCGUAACUUAUUACCUGUGGACCACCUUCAUUGCCGUUGUGGUUGGCAUUGUGCUUGUGGAGAUCAUUAAGCCGGGCCACGGGACUGAGAUGGAGAGCAACAGACUCAGUGGUCCGGUUAUGACUUCUGCGGAUGCUUUGCUAGACCUUGUCAGGAAUAUGAUUCCUUCAAAUCUCAUUGAGGCAACUUUUCAACAGUAUAAGACCGAACUUAUCCCUGUUUUCAAAACCCAAGUCAGCUCCCGGCAACCCAAUUUCGUGUACCUCCUACCGGACGAGGGCAGCCAUGAAGGCCGUGCUGUCUUCCUGGAGCUCACUCCACCCCCUGACGUGCACUAUAGGACUCGGCCUGGUAGCAGCCAGCAGAUGAAUGUACUUGGUAUCGUCAUCUUCUCUGCCACUAUGGGUCUCCUCCUCGGGAAAAUGGGUGAGCGAGGAGCACCCUUAAUCAGUGUGUGCCAGUGCAUCAAUGAAUGCGUCAUGAAGAUCAUCAAUGCAGCAGUAUGGUAUUUCCCAUUUGGGAUCAUCUUCCUGGUGGCUGGGAAAAUCUUAGACAUGAGUGACCCAUCCACUCUGGGCAGGAAACUGGGCUGGUACACUAUAACAGUUCUGGCUGGGCUGUUCAUCCAUGGCCUCAUUCUACUUCCUGUGUUGUAUUUCCUCUUGACCCGGAAGAACCCCUUCACCUAUGUCAAAGGACUGCUUCAAGCUAUGGUCAUUGCCUUGGCCACAUCAUCAAGUUCUGCCACACUACCCAUUACAAUGAAGUGCUUGCUGGAGAACUGUGGUGUAGACAAGCAGAUAGCACGGUUCGUCUUGCCCGUGGGGGCGACCAUCAACAUGGAUGGCACUGCCCUCUAUGAAGCAGUGGCCACCAUCUUCAUUGCUCAGGUCAAUGAGUAUGAGUUGGAUUUUGGACAGUUGGUCACAAUAAGCAUCACAGCGACUGCUGCCAGCGUUGGUGCUGCCGGUAUCCCUCAGGCAGGCCUGGUAACUAUGGUGAUAGUACUCACGUCUGUGGGCUUGCCACCAGAUGACAUCACGCUAAUUGUGGCCAUCGACUGGAUUUUGGAUCGUUUCCGAACAAUGAUUAAUGUUCUAGGAGAUGCCCUGGCAGCUGGAAUCAUUGGUCACUUGUGUCGGAAAGACUUUGCACCUGACACAGGGGGCAAUGCUACAGGGCUGUCACAAGACACACAUGCCCAAAACAUGAACAUGCCUCUGAUAGAAGUGCCACUUCUUGCCAGAAAAGACUAUAUAUUUGAGGUGGUUGGAGACACGGUUAUAGAGCGACCAACUGUCUACUACAACAUUUGUCAAGUUUGAGCUCAACAAUAGCCUUACAACCACCUCUUCUGAAGACAAAUCUCUACUUUUGUGCCAUAAUCCAGUACAAAAAGGAAUGCAUUUCUCAUGGUUCUCUUUAAAAAUAUUUAUUUGACAUUGCACAGCACAAUUUAACUGUUUGUUUUUUUUUCUUAUGGGUGACAAAUUUGUUUGUGUUUUUAACAAAACAAAAUGCAAAAAAGAACAGGCUCCUUACUGCAUGUGCAUUGAUAUUUGUUAAUCCACCUUAUGACACUGCUAUUCAUAUCAGCAUGAUGAAGACUAUAGAAGAGUUGCCUUAAAUAGGUGUGUAAUAGAGCAGAAGGUAACAAUUGAGGACUAAAAAUGUUGUAAGGCAAACUGUUUCCUUUUUUUAACAGUGCACCUUAUCAGGACAAGGUGACUCUUGGGACAUGUUUUGAUAUAUUUGCAUUACUGUAUUUUGUUCAUCUGUAAUAAAUGAAAAAUAUUUUGUAAUGAAGUACAUCAUUCAGUUAAUUGAACUAGCAGCUGUGAGACCCCACAGACAGUGCACAAGGACAGAUGGCUCCAGGAUUAACAGAAGCUUUAACUACAAAGAAAGCAAGCAGACACUAAUUAAGAUUAAUUAGGCAGGCUUACUUGGCCUCAGGUUCUUAAGAUCAGCAUCAACAGACUCAGGGAAAUUAAUUGCACAUUAUCCAUUCAUUUGUGAUGAUAACUAAAAUGUCUUGUUAUUCAGGUAAGUGACAAGGUCAAAAGGAAAGUGUAACCCUUCGGUCUAAGUAGCUGAGAAAUUAAACAUUGCUUUGUGAAUCAGAAACAAACUUUGUGUACCGAACAAGGCAUAGACCCAAUUAUAAAGUGCUUAUCUCCUUGAUAUGUAAUGGUAGUGAAUGACAUUUACAGCACUUAUUAGACACUCUUGUUAACAACUUACAAAAGUGUUUUGCCAACUCCAUAGAAGUAAGCCUUGUUAGUAUAUUAAGCCAGAGCAUGGAUAAUCAGAAACAGAAACCUUUUCUAAGAAAAUAACCAACACAAAGAGAUAUAGUGUAUUUUACUUCCACAAGAACAAAGACAAAAUCUAGUUUGCUGAAAAUAUUUUACUAAUGUACUGGGUUGAAACAAAAACAAAAUGACAAGGCCAAAAUUAUUAGCCCUCUAACAAUUAAUUGUCAAUCUUACUGACUCACAGCUGACAUCUGGCCCUUACUAUGGUUCAUAGCCAGGCUGCCAAAUUGUUCUAACUCAUACAAAUUAAGUGAUGUUUGAGCAUGGACAAUGAAUUUUUGCAUUGUAGGUUCUCAAUAGGAUUGGCCUUUCAGAGGGCCACUCAAAAACCUUGAAUUUGGUGUCCUUCAAAAGUUUCGAAGCAACUCGGCCAUGUGUUUUGGGUCACUGUCCUGCUGGAAGACCCCACAGCAACCUAAAGCCAGACUGGCAGCAGAUUUCUUCACAUUCUCCUUCAAAAUGUCAACAGUUGAAGGCCUACUUUCCUUCGCCAAACAAAACCAACAUCUAUGUAUGCAAACAGCUCCAGAUUAGUCUCUUCACACCUAAGACUUCUAAAACUCAUUCCCAUGUGUAAAUUGGUCAUGAGCAAACUUCAGUCUUGCUUGUAUUCACUGCUCUGAUCAAGAGUUUUCCUUGGAUGAUGACCUCAAAGCCCACGAUGAAGAGCAUUCACAGCAGUCCAUCUUAACACUACACAAAGUCCAGAAGUGACUAUUUCAGCAAGUCAUCUUCACAGAUCCAAGGAUUCUUGACAUAUCUGAUGAUUGUUUUCUUCAAACACCUUUAUAUCUUGCAGUUGCAAAUAUGCUCAGGCAUUUCUAAUUACAAUGCAUCUCCUUAUACCUUGUGAUGAUGCAAAUAUAGUCAUUCUGGAGACAAUUUGAAGUGUUAGUAUAGCCCAUUAUCCAAUACCUUCUUUCUCGGAUCCAGACUUGUUUGCUUUUUGGCGUGAUCAAAUAACUUAAAAGAAUGUAAGAGUGCUGCCUCUCACUCUAGCCUUCAAGUGUCACUAGCACUGUUCACUGGAGUGCAUUUAGUAUCUACCUGGGAUGCUACCCAUGAGGCCUUUAUGGUCAAUUUGCUACAUUGAAAUUUCACAUGGGGACUAAUGUUAUUAAAAUGUUCCAUAUCUCCUUGGGGACUAAUAAUUUUUAACUGUGUACACUUGAUACAAACUGAGGUGGUUUCACACAUUUAUAUAAAUAAAUAAAUAAAUGAAUGAAUGAUCAAGCAAUUAGCAACAUUCUAGCAUCUAGUAAUUGUUUACAAAUGAAGCAGUAGCUCAGUCUCAAGUACUCUAAAAUACACUAUACCGACACAUUAAGAGAAAUGGUCAAUUUGUACAACAAAACCUUCAGAAGAAAAUUUACAACAAAAGAAUAGCAUUUAUUUGUAAAUACAUAAAAGAUUCAUGCUACAACAGCUAAGCUCACACUUCUGAUGAGGUCAACAUCACAGAGCACAUACAUUAUGUGAUUGCUACUGACAAAGCCUUAAAUGAACAUGCAUAUAUGGAGGCAAAAAUGCGACGUCUACGCUAGACAGGCAUUGCUGCCUAACACCAGCAGAAAUUAAGGUGUCUUGCAGAACAAUCCAAACUUUUAAUAAUCUAUGUAUAGUAUUCAUAGGGGUAAAUCGUCAUUAAUCUAGACUGAACUUCACUCUAAUUGCUAAAUCUUAUAUACAGGAGUUGUGAUGGGAAUACUAAAUUACACAAACAUGUAUUGAUUUAAUUACUUGUACUAAAAAGGGGUGAGGAGGGUGUGUCUCCAUGAAAAAAACUAAAAAUAAAGAGACAAAACAUCCCAACUUGUCUACAAGCCAGACCACCAUGAUGA